UUAUUGCAAUCUUAGGUAACCAUGGCCACAAUUAACGCGUUCACAUUACAGACAAGUGACCUGUUCGAGUACGGAGUAACUUUCGUGCCAAACUUGGGAUCCACCGCCAAGGAAUCUUUUUUAAAACGUCACUUUUUGAAAGUGGGAAACGUUUACUUUUAUCAACACGAUAUCGUGCGUACGUUCGCACAGCUCGAGACUAAAAAUAUGGAGUGCGUUUUGUAUAAUCGUAAUAUGCAUUGUAAUGUAACAAUGUCGUUAAAGCUCCUUAGAAAACGGAAAAUUGACAUUGAUUUAGUGAAAAUGUGUCUGAAGGAUGUUUGUGAAUUGGUUCCGUUACCAGAAUUACCUGGCGAUAAUCCCAACGUUAGAAUUAUACCCAAGUUUAGCUAUUCAAUUCACGAAAGCGAUAGUAUUUUAUUAUUUAUUUAUUGUUGUUAUUAUCAAGUGCAAUGCGAGAACUUGAGGGAUGCGAUGUCAAAGUAUAAAAAGCCACACGACGAUGCUUUUUAUCAUAGAGCUGUAGAGUUCUUUUUAAAGAAGACAUACAUUUACAAUGAUCUAGACGAUAAAGUAUAUCGUUUCAAGACGAUAAAUUGGGAAACGAACUCUAUUACAUUGGACCCAUUUUUCGAAAGUGCCAAAUUGGAACAUCUUCACGUUGCCGAAGAACGUGCAUACGAAGAAGCUCCAACCGAUGUACGAGACAAUUUAAACAAGCUCAUUACAAAUGAUAAUUUUGGACUGGCAAUGGCAGAAGUUCGAGUAAAGACCGAAGCGCUUCCGCUAGAGACAAUUGUUUUCGGAGAUGGUGUUUCCUACACGUGCACCAAUUGGAAGGAGCACGUUUGUAAUAACGAGGUGUUAUCGUCUGUUGACUUGUGGUGUUGGGUGAUAAUGUACGAGACUAAGGACGAGUCUUUCGCGAGAAAUUGCGUAAAAAUCAUGCAAGAAAUUCAGGAAGAUACGGGUAUAGAAAUCGGCAAUCCCCUUUUUCUACCAAUCGGUGGCCGUACCAAGACGGCUUAUAAAACUGCCUUAAGUUCAAUUGAAAGUAAAGAUCUACAGCUUGUCGUGGUUGUGUUGAACGAAACGUGUAAUAAUCCUAGGGCUUUUAUUAAACGCAUGUGUUUUGUUGAAAAUCCUGUGCCGUGCCAUAUUAUUAGUAGCAAAAAUGCGCUGGGCCGUGAUGAAAUACACAGAAUAACGCUGACCAUUAACGCGAAACUCGGAGGUUCUCUGUGGUGUGUGACGUUGCCCCGUUUUAUAAUGAUUUGCAGCAUAGAUACAUACGUAGGAUUUGACGAUACAAGUCGGCCAGUGUGCAGUUUUGUAUGUAAUUUAGGUGACGACACUAUUCAGUGGUAUAGCAAAGCGACUUUCUGUAAAGGUGAUUUAAUCGGUCACCUAAAAAGAUGUCUUAUCGACAUUGUGCACAAAUAUAGCGAAAUGAAUGGCUAUCCGCCAAAGGAAAUUAUAAUAUAUCAUAGCAACAAUUGGUUAUCUACCUCAGAAAUAAGUACAAUGUACGACGGUUUGCAUCUUGAUGAAAUUGUGUUUAGUGUUAUUUUAGUUUCCAGCGUUCCUCGAGUAGAGAUUGUUAAAAGUGAAGGAAAAGUUUUGCCCGGAACAGUACUUAAUAAUGUAUUGAAUACAAACUUUGUAGAUUUUGCCUUAAUGUCUAGCGCAGCUAAUUUCGAAAUACCUCCUGCCACUCAUUACACCAUUCUUAGACGGGUUAAAAAUACCUCGUUAAGUUUCUUGCAGCAGUUAACGUAUAAGUUAUGUUAUAUUUAUUAUAAAAAAAUGGAAGUGUCCGACAUGCCUGCUCCUUGCAUUUAUGCGAGGAAGUUAAGUAAACUAGUUACAGAAGAAAUUUUUGAUAUUCCCUCUUGUAUACUCGAUAUGUAUCUUUAUUAUAUAUAAAGUUUGCACGGAUUUG